ACGUACUUCUUCCUUAACGCCAUUCUACGCACCUUUCCGAACGCUGAGGACGGUUUCCGUCUCYCUGUGUGGCUUCCAAGUAUGACGGUUGAAGGUGAUCACGAAGGUCUAUCGUGCAUCCAAGACUGGGGCUGCAGUGAAUCCCAAGUGCCACCUGCGCAGGGCCAUGGGACAUUCACUGUCCAAGCAGUGGACCAGCAGGCGCAGUGGUCCCACGACGCCUACGGGACGAGGGCCCAUUUCUCACAGAGUUCCGCAUCACAAACAUUUGCUGACCCAAAUGGUGGGACAGGGCCACAGGUGGGACUGUCUCCAGUCCCGCAUGAAGCAGUGGGCCACUGUCCCACCGUCGCUGGCACUUCUGCACACCAUCGCUCAUACGGACCAUCUGGUGACCCCUUCUCCUCACCAUUGCAGCCUGUUGGCGGUUUCAGGUUCGGUGUGGGUGGAGAAGACGAAUACGCACUCCGAGAGCAGGUGAGAAGGCGUGCAAUGGCCAUGGCUGGAGCCUUUGAAUUUGAUCUCCAGCACAGCCCUGCAUGUUUUUCACGUGAGCUGUUUAGCGGGCAGCACAGGAACAGUGACAGUCUCCCUCCCGAUGGGCAGCCAGUGACACCCAUCAGUCCACAAGCCCCAACACCACAAACCAGAUGUCAUAGCAGCAGUGGGGGCGAUGGAGGACAGCGUCAGCAAGGUGGAGAAGAUUACAUAAUCAAUAGAUUAAUUCGCAAUGUUGAAGCCGGUGAUUUGUCCUCACAGGAUUGCGGUGCGGGAGAUGGUCAGAGGGUUGGGCAACCGUCACUCUCCCCAUUUGUUGGUGCCUCUCCCAGUGAAGGUGACAAUCUGGGGGCAAGUGGUGGCAGUCCCAACGUUCCUGCCGGUGUAAAUGCCCCACAGCCCAUACCCUCGCCCCCCGUAAGUUCCAGCGGGACGUCAAUACCAGCUCGACAUGAAACCUCCGCAGGACGGCCAUCCCGAGCGGACAAGAACUCCGAUCGUUGGGGGGAGGAGGAGACUGCAUUGCUUUGCAGGAUUCGAAAUGAGGUGAAACAGCUGAUGGGUGAGGAGACGGAGGCGUAUGGCAGGGCUCGCAUCAAGUCUGGUUUUUGGAAGAUGGUCGCACAGCGCAUGAAGGAGAAUGGUGUGAAUCGCUCACCUGACCAAUGCAAAAACAAGUUCAAUCAAGUUCACGACUUUUACAGGAGGCUCAAGGGUCAUGAGAGGUGGUCCGGUCUGCCCAAUUACUGGGACAUGAAUGCCAGUACGCGGAAGGUGUGCAAUGUUGAUUUCAUCAUCCGCCGCAGUUGGUAUGACGCGAUCAAUUCUGCAGAGAAGGACACUGACUCCAUUACUUUGUCUGAACUUAGGGAUCCGGGCACUGAGCAUGAGCGGAGGGAGGAGGAGGAAGGAGCACGAGAGCAAGACGGGCAAGCAGAACUUCCGACAGACGAAGACGGGUCGGGUGCUGCAGGUGGGCCGUCGGUGAACGAGGGAACACGAUCGACUGCUUUUGAUCCCACGCUCAGCAAGCGCAAACGGGCCGUGACGAACGCCCGCGAAUCGAGUAUGCGGGCUAUCAUUGGUGCCAUGCGUGAUCACACGGUCGCAUUGACGCGUUCCGACCGUGACUGCGCGAGGAUGCGCGGUGACGCCACCCGUGACGUUGCGCAGCAACAGGCAGAACUGCAGAGGGACCUAAUGCAGCAGGAUAUAGCAUCCCGUGAACGAACUGUGAAGGAGUACGGUGACAGGGUUGAGAACUCAUAUAUGGCCAUGGCUGAUGCUAUCCGCAGUCUACGUGCACCACACAACAACCGUCGUGCCCACCGUAGGAGCUCAGACGAUUCCGAGUAGCGAUGAUUGAAUUCGUACUGUCUUUAUAGUGGAGUCAAGCACUGUUUCUGUAUUGUUUAAACCUGCAUAUGGUUCGUAGUAGGCUUUUUGUCAAUCGGAAGUGAAGUUCCAUUUUGUCGUUCCCGGGGGUUAUGCGAGGAGGUUGGAAUCUCAUGAUGGGUGUUGUUUGCUAAGUACUCUCUGUUAUGUACAUGACGUGCCUUGGGUUGAGCACGUCAUGUAUUUGCCCACAGCUUGCUGUAUUUAUUAGCGUCUGAAACUUAUUUAGCGACAACGUGUAGGCUUUUUGUUUAAACUUUUUGUUAUUGUUCGAAGUUUAUGCGAACUUUAUGUGAAUUUUAUGUGAACUUUAUGCCGACUUUAUGUGAACUUUAUGCGAACUUUAUGUAAACUUUUCCCUGUUUUUACCGGUAAACAUGUUUGUUUAGUGGCUACAGCGAUAAAGGAGCCAGUAUUUG